AUGGCGACGGAACAAUACUUCAUCAUAGUCCCCGACCACCCCUCCGCCCCCCGCCUCGAAGUCCGUCCAAAACACUUCACAAAAAUCUCCCAGGAAUCCCCUACAUCCCUUCCACGCUGUCUUUUCGGCGGCGCAUACCUCUCUUCCCAACCGACACCAGAAACAAAUUCGACUCCGGAGAAAUGGCCAUUCGUAGGCUCAUCAUUGGCACUUGAACUCCCAGCCGGGAGUGGUGAGGAAGCUGUGAAGGAGUGGCUCAAAAAUGACCCUUAUUCUACUGGUGGGGUCUGGGAUUGGGAAAAUGCGAGAAUUUUCAGGUUUAAGGCGGGUGUGUCGAAUGUUAAGGAAUUGAGUGCAGGUGGUGCUGCCGCCGCUCCUACCGAUUCUAGCGAUGGGAAGGAUCAGGAAGCAUAG